CUGCGUAUUAACCUGCUGUUUGGGAAAUGGCUAGAAUGACAAACAACCACGCUGAGUACAGUAAAUACUGACGCUCCUACAAAAUGGUUUGUUAGCGCUGAUUUAUCACGCUCUUUAAAAUAUAGACUGGAUCAGCCUUGGUGGAAUGAAUAGAAAUUACAGCAUUCGGGGAAAAAGAGGAGCACUGUCCGAAACUCGCAAAAAAUCCGGGUGUAUUUUCCAGACAUCCUACGUGCUCCUCGAUUUUGUGUUUCAUUUCACUGAGUGGCCAUUUGAAAUUGAAGAUUUCGCUUUUCCGCCCUCCCCUAUCACCCAACAGCUUUGAUUAACCUGACUGUUAACAGCACGGUAAUGAUGGUCCCAAGGCAAUGGAUGAAUGGAAAGGGAAAGUCUACAAGGAGAGAGGACAGACAGCGAAAAGUCCUUCCGCAUUCCCCAGGGCUCGACUGGAUUCGAGGUUAACACCGCGGUGUAUUUCUCCAGACAACCACGCUUCUAGGUUCUCACAUCCGACUUCCCUCUUUAAGGCAGAAGCCAAGAGACGAACGAGUUGGUUCCAGCCAUAUUCUACAGUCGGUGACUGCGAGGCAUCUUGGAACAUAGUCUGGCUGGGUUGGGUUCGCGGGGGAGUGGUGCUACUGCUGCUUUUGGAGUAUAGGGAGAGGUGGGGGUAAGUGGGGUGGUAGCUGGUGUGAAGCGGUGAUACACCGGAGGAUGUGCUUCUGUGAGGAAGGGCAGGGGAGCAGGCGGAGGGGCUGCUGCCGACCGGCUCGUCCUGUUCACCGUCAGCUAAAGUUGGUGGAAGUGCAACCGGGAGAGAAGUCGAGCGUCCGUCCGUCCGUCCGGCGGGCGGUCGCGCAGCGAACGUCGUGAGCAGGAGCCAGUGCAUGAUAUCUUUCUAUCUCGAGUGCGACCGCGAUUACCCGUGAACAACAGCCACUUUGAAGGAUUUCUAAUCACCUUCCGAAAGCGCUACUUCCACUCGGAUCGCGGCCGGAAGCGCACCAACACCACCACCCCCCCGCACCCCACCCCCAAAACCUCUGCAACGUUAUGAGAUUUCAGACGAGGAGCUUGCAGGUGGUUGAUCAAAGUACCCCAGCAUACAACGUCAAGUGAGAUCAGGGUAAGAUAAUGGGGGAUUGAAAUGGGGAAACGGCGUCCUCAAUCCACCAUAAUGCGAAGGGGAUUCCUACUGGGGACAAUAAUUGUGUUGAAGUGCUUUGCUUAAACGUUGCACCUUGUGUAUUGGAUAGCCUGGAGUUGCAUGGUGGAGACACACACAAAUCGCGGUCAGAAUGAUUUCCAGCAUCACUGGGUCGAAAUAUGCAUUUUUUUAAAUAUUGUGGACUGAUGCAGUCGCUGAAUGAAAACAAAAAAAUAGCUCCAGGAAAUCGGAUUUGUUCGAGCGAGAUGAAAUUUGGGUAUUAAAUCGCUGACGUAGAUUAUUUGUUUGCCUUUAAUCAACUUGAAUAUAUCUUUUUACCCGGAAGGAUGAAGGGCUGCGACAGUUACCGCCGAUUCUGACCAGCAUUUCCUACGCUGGCACAUUGGCGACUGGCUUUAUCCAAUUACAAAUGAUCCAAUCUAGCGACUUUCAUCUGGGUUUGCAUUUUGCCAAAUUCCGGGUGGAAGUCAGAUAUGGCUGAAUGUGUCGAGCUAUCCUUCAACGCCGCUAGUGUUUGGGAGAAAGGGUGAGCAGCUGCGGGUGGGAGUGAGCAUCAGGAGCCCCGCCGAGAUGUCCGUGUGGCUAACUCGGGCCGUCACCUUAGCUUCGUUGGUGGGCGGCGGCGGCUGGUGGUGGUUGGGGGCGGUGGCCAGCGACGGCAGCGAGAGCUACGGCGAGGUUUGCGAGACUCUGUGCUCCUGCCAGGAGAAGGACGGCGUGCUGGUGCUGGGCUGCGAGGACAGCCGGAUCGUCAGCGUGCUGCAGCUCAGCCCGCCUCACUGGCCCCUCUACCACUUGUUCCUGAGCGGCAAUCUGCUGAGCCGCCUGCAGCCCGACGAGUUCCUCAACUUCAGCGGCGCCGCCGUGCUCCACCUGGGCGGCAACCGGAUCGAGGAGAUCGAGGCGGGCGCCUUCCGCGGCUUGCACGCCACCCGGCGCCUCCACCUCAACAACAACCGGCUGGAGGGGCUGCGGAGGGAUGCUUUCGCCGGCCUGGAGCGCCUCGAGUACCUGCAGCUGGACUACAACUACCUCCGGCGGCUGGAGAGCGGCAACCUGGACAGACUCCCACACUUGCAGGUCCUCAUCCUCAACGACAACCUGCUGGCCGGCCUGCCCGCUGACCUCUUCCGCCACGUCCCCCUCACUCACCUCGACCUGAGGGGUAACCGGCUCCGGGCACUGCCGCACGCCGGCUUGCUGGAGCACCUGGGCGGCCUGGCCGAGCUCCAGCUGGAGGACAACCCCUGGGACUGCGGCUGCCCGCUGCUGGCCCUCAAGGCUUGGCUGGAGAGCAUCUCGUACACGGCGCUGGUGGGCGAGGUGGUCUGCGAGACCCCUUUCCGCCUGCACGGCCGCGACCUGGGCGAGGUCUCCCGCCAGGAGCUGUGCCCCCGCCGGCCCGGGGGGCUGGACUCGGAUUGGAAGCCGCCUUUCGCCCCUCCUCCAUUGAGCACCCGAGGCUACUUCCACAGCAGCCCGCCUCCGGCGGCCACACCCAACCUCCCCAUCACCUCGUCCCCGUCCAGGUACCAGCCCAAAGGCACCCGCCUGCCCAAGGCUCCCUCCUCCCGGGUCAGGGUCACCACUUCCCGCAACCCAUUCCUCAAGAUGAAGGGGGAGCUGGAUGCGGAGGAGGAGGAAGGGGAGGGGCAAGGCUACCCGUACGGCCCCAUCUUCGCCUACCAGACCAAGCCCCCGGUGCCUCUGGUGUGCCCCCGGCAGUGCAGCUGCAACCUGCAGAUCUCCGAGCUGGGACUCAAUGUCAACUGCCAGGAGAGGCGGAUCGAGAGGGUCUCCGAGCUGCAACCCAAACCCUACAACCCCCGGAAGCUGUACCUGAGCGGCAACCGGCUGGCGGCGGUCAGGCGGGGGGACUUCGAGGAAGCCGCCGGCCUGGAGCUGCUACAUCUGGGCCACAACCGCAUCACGGCGGUGCAGGAUGGUGCCUUCUCCAACCUGACCCAGCUGAGGCGCCUCUACCUGAACGGGAACUGCCUGGAGGCGCUGGGGGCAGGCAGCUUCCGCGGGCUGCGCAACCUGCGCUACCUCUACCUGGAGUACAACGCCCUGCGGCGCCUCGGGGCCGGCACCCUGGCGCCGGCUCCCGGCCUCCAGCUGCUCUUCCUGCACCACAACCUGCUCAGGUCCCUGCCGCCGCGCCUCUUCGCCGGCCUCAGCCUGACCCGGCUCAGCCUGCGGGGUAACCGCUUCGCCUCGCUGCCCGUCGCCGGCCUUCUCGACCAGCUCGCCUCCCUCAUCCAGAUCGAGCUGGACGAGAACCCCUGGGAGUGCGGCUGCCCGCUGCUGGGCAUGAAGCGCUGGCUGGAGCGCCUGGGUCCCGGAGCUCUGGUCCGCCGCCUCAGCUGCCAGUCCCCCAAGCACUUGGCCGGCCAAGACCUGGCCUCGCUCCGUUCCGACCUCAUCUGCCCAGACCAUUCCGACGAGGUGGCUUUUUCCACCCCCUCGCUGCUGCUCCCCGCGCCGCCUGGCCCGGCGGCCGCUCGGCCCCUCGCCACGGCUGGCCCGGCCACACCGUUCCCGGACACGGGCUCAGUGGUGCCCCUGUCGGUGCUCAUUCUCAGCCUGCUGCUGGUCUUCCUGGCGUCGGUGUUCGUGGCGGCCGGCCUCUUCGUUGUGGUGAUGAAGCGGCGCAAGCGGGCGCAGAGCGAGCGCACCAGCGCCAACAAUUCCGACGUGAGCUCCUUCAACCUGCAGUACAGCGUCUACAGCCACGGGCCGGCGCCCAAAGCCAAGAGCCCCGUCGGCCACGUCUACGAGUACAUCCCCCACCCACUGGGCCACAUGUGCAAGAACCCCAUCUACAGGUCUCGGGAGGGCAACUCGGUGGACGAUUACAGGGACUUACACGAGCUCAAGGUCACCUACCGAAACCCGGUGGACGAGGAGCGAGAGAACCAGUUGAGGAGCCCCUCGUACAGCAUCAGCACCAUCGAGCCCCACGAGCAGGUCUCUCCAGUUCAAGAUGUAGAACAUUUCUACCGUGGCAUUUUAGAGCCGGGCAAACAGUCGCCCACUGGCAACAGUGUUGAAUAUAAAUUUGGUAGUCCACCAAACUAUAAUUAUUCACCGAAUUAUGAAGUAAGACGCCAGUAUUUACAUCCGGAGAGGAUGAGGGAGACGGUGCUGUACGGGGCACCUAGUAAUGUAUAUGCCGAGCAAAUUAGAAAUGAUUACCUGGAACUGAAAGCAAAGCUUCACAUCGAGCCGGACUACCUCGAAGUUCUCGAAAAACAGACAACAUGCAGUCAGUUCUAAGCCACAGAGUUGUUUAUAUACAGUAUUUAUUUCUAAUUAUCUGAAAUUCGGUUAUUUUAUUGUUUCCUUUUCAUUCCACACACUUGUUUGAGGGAUAAGUAUCAAGGCCACCAGAUAAUCAACUUGAAAGGAGUUUUCAGCUAGGGGUGUGCACCAUAACUCAGAGCUCCAUUGAAACAUUGGAGUUUGCUAGAAUCAGAGGACCCCAAACUGAAGAUUUUCCUCGUGAUAUUCUGACAAUAGGCAUAAGUAAACAUAUUGGGUUUCAUUGCCCUAGAGAUGGGAAAUUUACAGUCUUUCUUACAUUCUUAACUUGCCCAUUUCUGGAAGUGUUUUUUUUAAUUCACUAAAUUUGCAUCAUGUUGUUGGUAAAUUGCAGUUUCUUCAUGUGUACCACAGCCAGGUAUUUUAGUUACAAAAUAGACCGAUAUAAUACUUAAUACUUUAUAGUCACACAAAAAAAAUCACCUGGUAGUUACCUCUCCAAACAAAAUAUUUUGCUUAUUCCUAGAUGACAUCAGAAAUAUCGCAUGUUGUACAAAAAUGCAUCAAUACAUUUUUGCAGUUUUGCAACAUGACACAACACCUGAUGCAGUGGAUCAAAGUGUGUCAUAGGUGUUGUCAAUGCACAGUUUGGAUUUGGUUCUAGCUUCAGCAGUCUUUAUAAUUAGAGUCAAAAUGGCCCUUCAUUGAACUUCACGAGGCUAGCACUCCCCUAAUUUUAGUAUGGAGCUCUUAUUCUUAAAAUGGAUGUCUUUGUAUGCAUUCUGCACUUUUAGAAAGAAACCUGAGGUCUUUAAUAUUCAUCUCAGAAUUGCACAAUUGAGUGUGUGCACUGGGGCCACGCAGGGCUAUCUGUUGGAUUGUACAAAUCUGUAUGUAAUGUCUGUGCCCUUGUAAAAAAAAACUCAACGGGGAAGUUAUAUCACACCACUGGGUGUUCAAACUGGCUAUUUGUGUGACUUUUUAAACGCCGUAUAUAGUUUAACAAAGGUACAUUAUCAGAGGCAGUUGAACUUUAACAAUGGCAGAUUGCUUUACAUUGGCUAAACAUUAAAGCCAAAUAAAGAGAACAGACAGUACAGCAAGAACCUCUUGUCAGGAAGCACCAUUUUAAUUGGGUUUACUGUUGUCAUUUUAAAUAUUUGUUGAUAUGGAGUUGCAUUUACUUGUCAAACUAGAUUUCUAAUAUGAGCCAGCAACAAGCUUAAUAAUUUAGUUUAAGGGUUAAUAUGAUCUGUCGAUGAAGGAAUUCGAGGUAAAGAAGCAUCCAGAAGUAGACCUGGAAUUUUGACUCUACAUAUUGCAUUAGCAUCCCCAGUGGAGGUCUCCACAUUGGUCAUUAGCAGUAUUUUAGAUCUAAACCCUUAAAUCAUAAAAUAUGAUAUUUCCACACUAUCUUCUGUACACUAUACUGUAAUUAACAAAUAUACACAUGAAAAGGUCAGUAUUAAAUUAGUUUUUUUUUGUAUAAAUUGGAUCCUAAAUAAUGUCAUCAUCUCAUUUUCAUGUGUAGGGAAUUUAAAAGGUGUUUGAAUGGCUAGUAUUUCUUCCCUAUUUGAACAAUUUUUAAAACACCAAAUAUGAUGUUUUUUUAAAAUACUGCUAUAAAGUGUGGUUUUCAACAUUUAUCACUAUUUUAACAUUGAUAUUUCAGUGAGACCAUUAAGUUUGUUAAGUGAUAUGAAGGAGACCAUCCAGACAUAAUUUUCUACUGACUUUUUUUAUUGUGGAACAUUGUAGAUUUAUUUCACAAUGCAAUACUUUUUGAUAAUACUGCAAACAUAAUUCAGAUCUAAUCGCUACAGAACACUGCUCACUGAAAUCUGUUAAAUAAAUUUAAUUGGAUCUCAUGGAAGUUUUGAUGUAAAACACAAAUUGAUUCUAUCAGAAGUUAUACUGAUUUCCCAAAGGUUUUUAAGUAGUGGAUAUAUUUUCAUUAUAUUAUAGCUAAUUAAAAAGUACCAUAUUCACUAGUUUCACCUGAUUAUAGUGUACUGAAGACUCAGUAAACCCUUUUCACUUUUCUUAUAAUAUGUAAACAUCUUGGCCAGUCUUAAGAUGGAGCUGGGUCUUGUUUUGUGGAACUUAACAGUGAAUUAUCAGUAUAGUGGGAAUAUACUGUUACUUAUCAUGAAUGUACCCAUUUUCAUUUUGUUUUUCUGUUACUGAAUACAUGUUAAGGUAGGUGGGCAUAUCUGGGAAAAGACAGUUGCAGUGUAGAUUAUCAGAUGCAUUCUAUUUUCUUUGCUUGGCCCAAAUGUAAUAUAGCAGCAUAAAAAUAAAAGAAAUCCAGUCUUUCUCCUUUCCUUUGUGAAAAAAAAUGCCAUUGUAUGGCACAUGCACUAAGUUUAUUUCAUACACCACUGUCUAAUUUUAUUUUCUCUGCUGCUGUUUUAAAUUGCCAUGGUACAACAGAACAAAAUACGUCCUGACUAGAGGUAUUGUUGAGAUUAUUUUGUCACAUUGCAAAUUUGUUAAAAAGGAUUUAGACAAACUUCAUUUAUUCAUUUCAAAGAAACUUGAGAUAUUUAUGCCAGUGUCAUCCACUACUGUGUUCACGCAAAAACCAAAUAGUUAUAUAACUCACAUUGAGUUAGCUGUUGAAUUAUUGAUCCCAGAAAAAAAGUGUUUAACUGUCUGAAUUCCAAGUCAGAUCCAGUCUCAUAUGUGGUUAGUGGUUAUGAAUUAAGUAAUUAUUUGCAUUCCUGAUAAAUGUGUUCCGGAUAAUACAUUUAAAAUAGAAUGUCCAAAUCUUGCUGGAACAGGGCAUCAUUAUUAUUUGUAUGCUUUCAUUCACCUGAGAGCUUAAAUAUUGUUUUGCAUUGUAGCUUGUUGCAAGUGCAAGCUGAUGACAGUGGGUGACAACAGGAUAACUGGGAUCUGGGUGAACAAUAGGACCAUCAUUAAAACUCUUAUAUAAUAAAUUAGGUUUAAGACUUGAGAGAGAAAUAGAAAGAGUAGAGAAUGAGGGUGAAUUAGAGACAGAUCAGGUUUGGAAAUUAAAAAGAGGGAAAACAAGAAUGGAUUGAAAGAAAAAUAAAGUGCUAAUAUUUACGUUUAAAAUGUGCAAAAUACUUGGUAACUUAUGACAUGCAGGAAUGAAGCUCUGCAAUUUAAAUUAUUGCAGUUUUUGAUGAGAUUAAUUAGCGUUGUAUUGUUAGUGAUCCAUUCAUUAAAAUAUAUGUAGGUUUUAAUUUUGAUCUGUAACAUUUUCCGAACUAUUGUGCAAGCCCAACAUAUUAUUAAAAAUAAUGGAAAGAUUUUUAAAAAUAUAUCUUAUGGGAAGAAAGGGCAGAGCAGCAAAAAUCGAGUCACUCUUUCUGAAGAUUCACAGUUUGUGGAAUAUCUCUUCAUCCCUUGAUCUUCCUGCCAGAUUUGUAUAUUAAUAAUGGCAUGUCCAUGAAAGCAUUUUACUUUUGCAGCAAGAACUGGUCUCUUCACUGUCAUAAAACUGGGGCUUACCUGGAUGGUUAAAAAUCAUAACAAUUUGUAUUUAUGUUUUGGGAUAUUUAUUGUUUGAUCUCAUAGAUUUUCUGAAAAUAUAUAAGUUGCAGCAAUGUAUUUUUGGACAAUGAUUGAUGAAAUUAUUCUUAGGAUUGAAUUACAUAUAUUACAACUUGCCAAAUUACUUCAAGUACGUGUUCAAAGCAUUGUACUAUGCUCAUUUAGUUUCAAUUGAUAAAAUCACAGGCCUCCAAUCGAUAAAGGUACCAAUCCAAACUAUUUCAUCAGUAAAGUCCUGGGAAUAUUUAACUAGUAGUUUACAAAUGUGGAAACACAUAGGCAUCCAAAUUGUCUUCUCCACAAAAGUUUUAAACUUUAUAAUUAUUUUGAAAGCAUUUAAAGAUAAGAUUCAAAAUCCUUUAAUAGAUUUUUUAUUUGUCUGGGACUCUGAUGUUUUGGGUAUUAAAAUUUCACACAGGUAUGCUUCCAAUGAAGUAAAUGAAAUAGUGCUCAACAAUAAUAGUGACACUUCAUCAUUAGGAUGAAACAUUAUUUACAUUGAUUUGUAUGCAGCAUUGCUUUGAUUUUACCUUUUCAGCAAAAAAAAUUAGAUGAAAUGUAAUUUUUAAUGUAACCAGUGUGACUAAAAUUUUGAAAAUUUGACCCAAAAAAUUGUGAAAAUGCAAGUAUCGUGUUCAAAAUACAUCAUAGCUAACUCACCAUGUGCGGAGUACAGGGGAUUGGAUCUUAUCGGAUGUUAACCUCAAUACUGUUUUGCAUGCAUCCAAGUAAACUUUAUCAUCCAUUUAUGCUGGUUAAGAGACGCUUACUGGUAGACACUUUGUAAUAGUUUGGUAGAAAAAUAAAAUCAAUUAUCAAUUUAAUAGCUGAAGGUGCAACGUAAACAUGCCGUGCAAAAGAUGGAAUGAACACUGCUGAUUUUGAUUAAACCUGGUAAAGUGUUUUUUUUUAUAUUGUACUCCCCUACAAAUAAUGUUUCACUAAAAAUGAAUAGUUUGCUUUAAACAUGAAA